AUGAAUCAGAAUCGUGAAGUAUGUGAAGUAGUUAAUACUACACGUGGUAAUCAAAAGCUUGUAAUUCAUGGAUAUUUAUAUGUAAAGGACAAGGAUCGUAAAGAUUCCUAUUAUUGGUGUUGUGAGUAUAGGGAUACUCGUUAUUGUAAUGGAAGGGUAGUCACAAAGUUAGAAGGCCAAGAACAUAUUUUAAAGAAA